AUGGGGACGAGGUGUGUUCGCUUGUUCGCCUCCCGGUUGGGAAACUUGCAUUUCUCCAGCUCCACUCGUCAGCUUCCACCUUCACCGAGGCUCGGCGGUGGCGCCCGGCCCCGAUCAGGAUGCGUUACUAAACACAAGACUGACGAGAUUAGUCUCGAGAUUGGUGCACUUUCGGAAAAAUUCAUCCAAUCUCUGUCACUCUGGAGGGCAACAUGUGAAUUUCCUGGGCCUCCAAAGUUCGUCGAAGAACUUGCCUCUUACUUGAGCCUGCAAGACACGACCAUUCGGAGUUCGAGUCCCACCAGGAGCAAUAAUAAAGUCCGGGAGUAA